AUGUAAGUCAUAUACAUUCAGUAUGUGGAAGUUUAAUAUUUUUAUGUUGCAAUUAUUUUUUUUAUAAAACAUGCACAAUUAGUCCAGGAAUAGUAAAUAAAGAAAAUAAUAAUGAAUAUGUGAAGUAAUAUUAGAAAUACUAUGAUGAAGUAUAAUAUAAAUAAAAUACUACAUGCACAACAUGUAAUAUUAUCAAGCCUGCAAGAAGUAAACAUUGUCGUAUUUGUAAUGUAUGUGUAAGCAAAUUUGACCAUCAUUGUAUUUGGGUUAGAUAAUGCAUUGGGUAGAAUAAUUAUAAGUACUUUCUACUAUUUUUAUUUUCUCAUUUAUUCUUAAGUCUUUAUGGAGUAAUUGCUGGAUUUCUUUGUUUGUUUGGAAUAGCUGAGAAGUAAUCAUUAUUUAAAUUAACAUAUAAAAAUGCUGUAACAGGAGAAAUCUCUUAGGCAACAUUUUUAAGAGUAUUUUUAGUAAUAAGCAAUAGAGAAACAUUUUUUGUAUUCAUAAUUUUUGUGUGCCUUAUUUUUUUUAUCUCUCUAACUGCAUUUUUCUUAUAUCAUUUAAAUAUGAUUAGAAAAGAUCUAACAACUAAUGAAAGGAUUAGAAAGAAUGAUUUUGAAAAAUCGUUUCUCCAUGAAAUGUAUCAAUUACAAAAAUAAGAAAUAAGAAAAAAAGAUGAAAAUUCAUCAAAGCGACUUGCUUAAUUGAAAUUGUGUUGGAAUUCUUUAAAUAAAAGAAGAGUCUAAGGAAUUUUCGAAGGAUUUAAAAUUGUAUUUAGUUAACCUAAUUGA